AUGUCCUCAAUUGUUAAAGCUUUAGCACCGGUGGUGAGAAGAGCUGGUACAUCAGCAUCUGCUGCAAGACCUGCAAUCAGACUUACUAGACAGAGUAGAAUAUAUCAACAUGCCCGUCCUCUUUCCGCCACCUCUCGCCUUCGUUCAGAUCCUGUCGACAUAACCGAGAUUCCUCCAACUCCUAUAACGCAUCUAUCUGAAAUCGAACUGGCCAUGUCGGAAUCUGUUUCUAAAUUUGCGAACGAUAUCAUCGCGCCAAAAGUACGAGACAUGGAUGAGGCCGAGAGCAUGGACCCUGCGGUUGUGGAACAGUUAUUUGAACAAGGACUUAUGGGAGUCGAAAUACCUGAAGAGUAUGGUGGUGCAGGAAUGAACUUUACGGCAGCGAUUGUGGGAAUCGAGGAGUUGGCAAGAGUCGAUCCAAGUGUGAGUGUGUUGGUGGAUGUGCAUAAUACUUUGGUCAACACUGCGGUUAUCAAAUAUGCGAGUAAGGAGUUGAAGAACAAGUGGUUGCCAAAAUUGGCUACGAAUACUGUUGGAUCAUUCUGUUUGUCCGAACCAGUAUCUGGGUCCGAUGCUUUUGCGCUUGCCACAAAAGCUACCAAAACAGAUUCAGGAUAUACGAUUUCUGGAAGCAAGAUGUGGAUCACCAAUUCUAUGGAAGCAGAAUUCUUUAUUGUUUUUGCAAACCUCGAUCAUAGUAAAGGCUACAAGGGAAUCUCCGCUUUCGUUGUCGAGAAGGGAAUGAAGGGGUUCUCUAUUGCUAAGAAGGAAAAGAAGCUUGGCAUCAAAGCCAGCAGCACUUGUGUUCUCAAUUUUGAUGAUGUGGAAAUUCCUAGAGAAAAUCUAUUGGGAGAAGAGGGACAAGGAUACAAAUACGCCAUUGCCCUUCUGAAUGAAGGCCGUAUUGGAAUCGCCGCACAAAUGACUGGACUUGCUUUGGGAGCAUUCGAAAACGCUACUAAAUACGUAUGGAAUGACCGAAAGCAAUUUGGACAAUUAGUUGGAGAUUUCCAGGGUAUGCAACAUCAAAUCGCACAAUCUUAUACAGAAAUCGCCGCCGCUCGCGCUCUAGUGUACAACGCUGCACGCAAGAAGGAAGCGGGUGAGAACUUUGUUCAGGAUGCAGCCAUGGCCAAGCUUUUUGCUUCGCAGGUCGCUCAACGUGUGAGUGGGUUGGCGGUUCAAUGGAUGGGUGGAAUGGGAUUUGUUCGUGAAGGAAUUGCGGAAAAGAUGUGGAGAGAUUCGAUGAUUGGUUCUAUUUACGAGGGAACAAGCAAUAUCCAAUUGACAACGAUAGCAAAGUUAUUGAAGCAACAAUAUAAGUCGUAA